ACAGCCUCUUGUUUUCCUCUCCACGUUUUCACUAGUGUGUCUUUAACCUGACUUUUCGCAUAAAGUACAAGACAGAGUGAAAAAGAUGAGAGAACUCUUCACCUGCGGUUGUCUUCUCUUACUUUGCUGUAUUAAAGGGAUCAUUGGGGAAGACCCUGUUCUUUUCCACGGUAGAGGACGCAAAAAUUGGGCAUUGCGCAGACGAACCUACGUGUCGACGACAUAUAGCCACUUGUUUGUGUCCAGUAACGCCGUCGACGGACGUCUGUCCAACGACGCCGUGAAGUCUCACUCCUGUAUACACACAACAUUUGAGAGACAGCCAUGGUGGAUAGUGGAUCUGGGUAAGAUCAUCCGUGUGAAGGAAGUUUACAUCAUGAACAGAGGCGACUGCUGUGGUGGGUUUUUAUUACUUUAUUGGUCAGGCACGGCGGAGUGGGAGUGGGUGUAA